GAAAUCAACAUGAAUCAAGAUUUCACUGAAAAUGAAAAUAUUUCCAUUCCGUCUUAUUUCUAUAUCAGUGGUUUUUCUGGCAUACUUUACAAGAGAUACUACUAUAUAUUUCUGUUUUUAGUCUACAUCAUUACUGUGCUUGGAAACUCCUGCCUCAUGUUUGUUAUCAUUACAGACCGAAGUCUUCACACUCCUAAAUAUAUUGCUGUCUUUAAUUUAUCACUGGCAGACGUUUGUGAAAGUACCGCUGUAAUCCCUCAGCAACUGGACACAUUUUUGUUUGGGAAUCAGUUGAUUCCUUAUGGAUUGUGUUUGUGCAAUAUGUUCUCUGUUUCUUUAUUUUAUGCAAUGCAGUCACUAACUCUAACUAUUUUGUCUUUUGACAGAUUCGUAGCCAUUUGUUUACCACUGAGGUAUCAUAUGAUUGUGACUCAUAGAUCAAUGCUUGUUAUAAUUGGUGCUUCAUGGACACUUGUACUGAUGCUAGCAAUCAUUGGAGCAAUGUUCAUGAGCAGACUUUCUUUCUGCAAACUUAUUGUCACCGUUAACAGUUUCUACUGUGAUCAUGGGCCUAUAUAUCGCUCUGCCUGUAACAAUAAUUUACCAAGUACUGUGAUUGCCAAAUUGUUUCCGGCAUUAAUAAUUGGGUUCCCAGUGUUUUUUAUCAUCUCUUCAUAUAUAUGCAUAGCUGAGACGUUGUUUCGAAUCACAACCCCACAAGACCGUCAAAGAGCUACUAAGACAUGUACUGCUCAUUUAAUAUUAGUAGCUAUAUUCUAUGUACCUAUCACGUUUACAUAUGCAUUUUGGUUCUUUAUAGACACUAACACAAGGAUCAUUAAUCUCUCUCUGACCUCUGUGCUUCCUCCAAUGCUUAACCCUAUAAUCUACACAUUCAUGACAGAGGAGUUCAUGGUGUCUGUGAAAAGACUUCUUAAAAGAAGAUUAAUUUUCCCAUCACGGAAAUAA